UGGAGUGCUGGUGACGCGGACCAAUCGGCGAAUUUGUUUUGACGAGAGUGCUGGAGCCGAGCAUGAAGGAACACUUCCCAUAAGGAUGUCUGCUGUCAAGCAUCGCUAAAAGGCGCCAUGGGGCUUAUUAUAUCCAGAUUUCGGAAAAAACAAUCGACCAAAGACUUACUUGAAGAGAUUCAAAAGAAUGUGGAGGCGAUCGAGGAAUACCGGGAGACGACGGAGCAACGCCAGAAGAAGCUGGUGGGGAGCCUCGUCCUCUACUCCAUCGUGCUAUACUUGGUUGCCGCUGUUGUCUUCUACUUCUAUUACUUCCCCAACAAGCUACGCGAGAGGCUGCUAUAUGCCACCCCUUUUAUUAUUUUUCCCUUCUUAAUCUACUCUAUAAAGAGGCUGCUGACUUGGUAUUAUCGACGGAAGAUUUCUAAAAAUGAAGAAAAGUUAAAAAGUCUCCGCGAGAGACAAGAGAAGAUCUUGGAGCAGGUGAUGGAGACAGAAACAUACAAGGUGGCGAAGGAGAUACUGGAACUGUAUGCUCCUGACCAGCUACGCAGGAAUCAGAUGCUCAAAACGCCAACGCCUGUGGGCCCAGUUGCACCGACCCCUGCCAGUCAGCAUGCAGAUGUUCGAAGACGAGUGGUGAGCACAGCAACGACUCCUCAGUCUGUGCCUCUUGGAAGCAUGGGAGCACGACCCUUGGGCCCCCAAGUCUUGCCGCACCAGACUCCCAUCUACACUUCCAGGCCACUGCCAAUAACACAAUCGACGCCUGUGAGACCAGGUCUAGCUGGCAUGAGCACUCUAAGGUCAGCAUCAUCAGGAGGGGUUGUGCCUCUAGGCCCUGGGCCAGCCAAAGGCCUCCCUGUUGUUGGCAUCACUCCCGCUUCCUUCACCGCCACACCAGCGCUCCCUCUCCAUACAACUGUCCCACGUGCUUGCAGGCAAAUCAAACUGGGCUACCUCAUGGGCAGUCACGGAUGGGAGACAAUUGUUUAUUCAAAAUCAAAUGCUCCCAGCAGUGUCAGAGGUGAUGGCGCACCUCCGGGACCGCCCAUGCCGCGACCAGUGCUGCCACGGGAGCGAGGCUACUUGGAUCGUUUCGUUGAGUACUUAGUGGGUGAUGGACCUGCAAACCGUUUUGCCUUAGUGUGUCGUCAGUGUGAGUCGCACAAUGGGAUGGCACUUAAGGAUGAGUUUCAGUACCUAGCAUUUAGGUGUGCGUAUUGUUUUUACUGGAAUCCUGCUCGAAAGCAACGUCCCUCUGCCCCUCGUCUAGAGAACCUUGCCCCUCCGCUUCCUCCAUCACUACCUAUUGCCGAGGACCAAGAGGACGAGGAUGACGAGCAGGAGUCAUCAUCAGGUGAAGAGGAAGAGGAGGAUGAUGAUGAGGGAGGCGUGGAGGAAGAAGAAUCUGGAAGCAGUAGUUCUGCAGAGGAAGAUGACGAGGAGGAGGAAGGUGUGGUUUCAUCGGAGGUAUCGAGCACUAAGGCUACAUCCAGUCAAGGUGUGUGUCGUCCCCAACAAGCAGGUUCACUAGAGGAUGUGGCCAAGUCGACCCCUUCGUCUGAGCCCAGCACAUCAGACGAUCACCAGCCCUGUGAAACUGACCUUGCCCCACUUGAUACCAAGCAUGCGCCUUUACUAACGUCUUCAUGCACCACACCAUCCUCCACUACGGAGGCAGAAGAAACGGAGUGAAAGCUCCACAGUGAGCUAAUUUGGCCAGGAUCAAGAGAUCAUAGGAUAUCAGUCACGACUUGUUAAUGCCCCCAUUUUCAUCAUAUUCUACUUAUGCUUUAUCUUGUACACAUUGUGUAUUUGUGUUACUGUAUUUUGUGCACAGAAUACUAGUUUUGUUGUAUAGUAUUUUGUGCAUUUGAUAUUGCCUUGUGUACAUCCCACACACGUUAAGCCUUGCACAUGUCCUUUACAUGUUGCCUCGUCUAUAUUAUGCCAUCUCAUUUUUGUUAUCACUGUUUUGCUUAGUCUGUGCAUGUUCAUUAUGUUGCACAUACUCCUAGAUUAUUCAUGCAGUUGCUUCUAUUUUUGUAUUGACAUUAUCUUCGUCUUAUAUUUCCCAUUUUCAUAUUGCAAGUAGUCUACUUCAUUCUUUAUCUUCGUCUCUGGCUCCCUUGCCUCGUGUUGUGGUCCUCGUCUCUGGCUUCCACACCGUGUGUUGCGGUCCUUGUCCUUGGCUUCUACACCCUGUGUUGUGGUCCUCGUCUCUGGCUUCCACACCCUGUGUUGUGGUCCUCGUCUCUGGCUCCCCUGCCCCGUGUUGUGGUCCUCGUCUCUGGCUCCCCUGCCCCAUGUUGUGGUCCUCGUCUCUGGCUCCCCUGCCCCGUGUUGUGGUCCUCGUCUCUGGCUCCCCCGCCCCGUGUUGUGGUCCUCGUCUCUGGCUCCCCCGCCCCGUGUUGUGGUCCUCGUCUCUGGCUCCCCUGCCCCAUGUUGUGGUCCUCGUCUCUGGCUCCCCCACCCCGUGUUGUGGUCCUCGUCUCUGGCUCCCCCGCCCCGUGUUGUGGUCCUCGUCUCUGGCUCCCCCGCCCCGUGUUGUGGUCCUCGUCUCUGGCUCCCCUGCCCCGUGUUGUGGUCCUCGUCUCUGGCUCCCCCGCCCCGUGUUGUGGUCCUCGUCUCUGGCUCCCCUGCCCCGUGUUGUGGUCCUCGUCUCUGGCUCCCCCGCCCCGUGUUGUGGUCCUCGUCUCUGGCUCUCUGCCUCGUGUUGUCGUCCUCGUCUCUGGCUCCCCCACCCCGUGUUGUCGUCCUCGUCUCUGGCUCCCCCACCCCGUGUUGCCGUCCUCGUCUCUGGCUCCCCCACCCCGUGUUGUCGUCCUCGUCUCUGGCUCCCCCGCCCCGUGUCGUCGUCCUCGUCUCUGGCUCCCCCACCCCGUGUUGUUGUCCUCGUCUCUGGCUCCCCCACCCUGUGUUGUCGUCCUCGUCUCUGGCUCCCCACCCUGUGUUGUCGUCCUCGUCUCUGGCUCCCCCACCCCGUGUUGUCGUCCUCGUCUCUGGCUCCCCCACCCCGUGUUGUCGUCCUCGUCUCUGGCUCCCUCGCCCUGUGUUGUCAUCCUUGUCUCUGGCUUUUCAACUUCCACAUGUUGUGUUCACGGUCUAGUCUGGGCACAUGCUCAGUUGUUACCCUGAUAUGUUGAAUUAUCUGCUCACUUCAGUACCUGUUAACACCUAACAUAUCCAACACUGAUUAAUUUUCUUCUGUCUAAAAGUAUUUAUACAGCGAGUCAUGAUCAGCUUGCUGGUCCUACACCUAAGAGUAUAUAUAUGAUUUUUCCCAUAGGUUCUCUUCAAGCUCCUGUGUUUGGAUGCAAUCGGUUAAUCAUUAUACCUCAGUGAUAUUUAUAACUUAAUAUGUUUAUUAGGAAAAGGAAGAAAUGUGGAAUUCUUUAUUUUUAAACUUUAUUUUACAAUCAACUGUUACUUAUUAAUGUUUCCUUCUUUAUUGUAAGGUAGACUGAAUGCUUAAUUAUUUUGCUCAUAAGCAGGUGCUAUUAGUGUUUUUUGUGGCCAUAGGAUUCUGCACUCUGCCUCCUUCAGUCUGAUAUUUAAGAUUAUAUUGAUAUUAAAUUAUAUUGAGAGCGGGACCCUAACCAGAUACUCUAUUUAAGCGUAAUAUGUAUAGUGCUUUUCUGACCCAUUUCUUUUGGAGUUUAUUUAGUACCAAUAGAUGCCACUAGUAAGUUUGUCUAGAGAAUUUAUUUUGUAUUUAGAUGCAUUAAGCUUCUUUGGGUUGCUAUUGAUCCCAAGUAGUGAGAUGUAAUAAGUGAUGUGGUGCAGACCUUCAUACUGUUAAUUGGGUGAAGCAAACCUACACACAGCACUGAACGUACACUACCUGCCACUGUUUUAUUGUGAAAUGCUUUAGUAAACUCUGAUAUGCUUUAUAAUGAAGUGAUUUUAAUUUUGUCCUUUGGCAGUUCUUCAUGUAGGCAAAUCUACAGCAGUUCUGUGCAUAAAUCUGUGGUGGCACCCACUGUUAAUGGGUAGUGCUGGCAUUAGUUAUGGAGGGCAAGAUGGGUGUCAUGAUGGUUGCGUCUUAAUAAGGUGGCUGGCUUUCUAACAUCACACUUUUUUUUUUUUCAAUUAUUUUGACACUUCACUACAUGAGCUAAGAUAAUGCAAAGAUUUUGGCAAAAAUGUUAAGUACUGUACUAUAUUCUUUGCAGUUAUUGUAACACACCAAGUUGUAAAAUAUUUUUAGAAGAUUUUUGUGUAGUUGCACUGCAUGUUUUUCUCAAUCUGGUAGUUGUACAAAUAUUAAAUGUAAUUGAUAACGGUUUAAAACCAGUAAAUUUUGCUUAUAUCAGUAAUGCUCUUUUAGGUGAAGACGUACUGUACAUCUAUCAAUUUAAAUUGGCAAAUUCCAUAGCUAAGCAAACAAGUUCCUGAAUAUUUUGUAAUUUUGUAUGAUUUGCAGGGGCUUGAUGUAGACUUAGUUGUCUUGAGUGUUAAGAGCUCAGCAUGUGAUAUGGAACGGUGUGAUAUGGAAUACUGUUGCCAUCCAAACUAAGAUUAGAAUAAAUUUGUCUAAACUACCUUUUUGAUUUCUUAUUUCUUAUUAAUAUGCAGUGUCAUUCUGAGCCGUUACCAAAUAAAACUAAAGGUUAUUUUAUCCUCAAUUUAUCCAGUCAGUCUUUUGUUUGCUAACAUUUCCUUAAUUUUCUCCCUGCUUAUGCGUUUAUUUGCACUCUUCCCGAGUGCAUCAAAAUUCAGAUGUUCAGACCACAUUGCUGCUAUGAUUAUGAGCACAGUAUUGUGAUGUAGGAACUGUUGCUGCUGCCAAAGUUGAAUUUUUUCUGUUCUUAAGGAACUGUUCACAGUGCUGUUUUUUUUUUCUGUACAGUACAUUAGUUUGUGAGUGGAGUUAAUUUGUAGAGUACACAUCUGGGAUCAUUAACGAGUCAUGAUUAUUGUUACUUGUGUGAUGUGUGAGUUUUAUUGAGAAGUUUGUGUUGAAGCUUGUUUGACAAUAAUGGAGUUUGUACAAAUAUUUUCUUCAAAUCCACUUGGCUUGUAGGUUUCAGAAAUUGCAGUUGGUGUGUGUGUGUAGGAGUUUGUCUACUUCUUGGCAGGUUUGUUUGUUUGGUUAAAGACUAGCAUUCGUGUAUUUUGCGUAAAUAUUGUUGGUGUCAUGCUAAACCAUGGCCUCUGCUGGUUACUGGUCUCAUACAUGAUGAAUCAACAGAGAGUAUACAUGAUUCAAGGUAAUUUGGUUAAACUUAUUUUCAUACAUCCCUCUACAUUGUGCAUCCACACAAUACAUUACCGAAUUAAUUUUGUGACAAAUUUUAAAGCUGAACCUAGUACUGCAAUUGUGUCCAGGUUUCUGUUCUGCUGACACAUUUCUUAAAAAUGAUUUAUUUUAGAGGACACUCAGAGCCUAUUUGGGAUUAUGUAGUAACGGUAGAUACACGAGAAUCACACCGGACGUGUUAUUUUCUGGCAAAUUAUUUGUUUUAUAAUGAGCUUUGCCAUGUAAAAUGUUAACUUUGGGCUCGAAUAGAGCUGUAGUCAAAAUUGUUAAUAUUGCUACAUUUUGCUUAUGUGAACAUAGUAUAUUGCAAGAAAUGAAUCGUAUAAGCAUUAGUAGAGCACAAGUUAGGUCUUGCAUUAACUUUGCACUAAUAAUGGUCUCCAUUAGUGUGUUGUUAUAAUGCUUGUUUACCUUUAGUCUUUUGAUCCCAUUGUGGAUAAGUAUUUGUGAAGAGGAAAUACUGAUAUUACGAGUUUUAUGUACGUUUCUACAGGGAGUCUUUAAGGAAUUAUCAUACAUAAUUUAUUUCCAAACAUUCUGAAGGUCAAUAAUUUUAAGCAAGAGAAAUUAUCUAAUACUUUUCUGUACAUUAUACAUGCCAGUCACACAACUACAUCUAUUGAAUCUUUCAAUAUUUUGUUGUAAAUUAAUUUAUGCUCUCAUUGUUGUCAACCUUCAGAUUUAUAUAAAACAUGUUAAACUGUCUUCAAAUAUUUUCCAUCAGUUACUUGUUCAGUCACUUUAAAUAUACACGAUCUUCCUUACAGAAAUGCACUUUGAAAGAUAAGUUUUAUCUUUGGGUGUUUUUGUUUUACCAACUUCAUGUUGUUAUGCUUUCCUUGUGUGCAGUUUGGUGUUAAAUAUUGCAACUUUCUGGAUUAAAAUACAAUUAGGUAAAUAUUUGCAGUUCAAGUUAACAAGUGCCACUUUUGUGUGAUAACAAAUUUGGGCCCUAAAAUGUGUAGCCAAGACACUGCUCUUGGGUAUUUGUUUGUCCUUUAUUACCCCCCAAGCCCCCAUACUAUAGUCCAGAAUUGGUUCCUUACAAUAGUUGGGCUCCCAAACUAAAAUACAUAUAUACUAUAUCUGAAAAUUUUAUUUGUAUUUUUUAAUAUGAAAUUUGAAUAAAAAUAUUUUAAAAGCCUUUA